AGACAGCAAAGCUUCUUUUCACCGUUUUGUUGUUGUUACCCAUCAAUUGCUAUUCAUUAUUUUUUAUCUGUUUCGAUGCCGCAUUUUUUUAUAAAAUAGUAGUAUUGGUAGCAACGAAAAUGGUAUAAAAUAUUCAUCACCGAAAAUCUUCCAGAAAUUUAUCCGAUCGAUUUCACAUACCCACGAUAGAGCAAGAAAAUGUUCAGUAUCGACAAUCUGAUCAAGCAAGCUCCGAGCCGAAUUCGAUCCUAUCCUGUCACCGGUUGGAAUGUUGAUGUUCCGAAAGGCGGUUAAAAUUAGUUGAUAAACAAAACUGCUCUCUGCGGCAGGCGGUUUGCGCGUUCCGCGCUUUUUUUGUUGCGAUUUGGCGUCCUUGUUAAUUUUAGCAACAAGUGUUUUGUAUGUUUUGUUUUGCAUCGCGUGAUAAUAAUAGCAAUCGGCGUCGAAAAUGAAUAUGCUCGAGGCGAACAUGCGUAAGGUUAGCGACAGCCUGAACAGCACCGUCCGAUUGGCGGCAGAGUUUGGUGAUGAGUCAUUAAAAGAUUUAAAGCUUUACACCAGUCUGGUGGAAAAGUUGUGCGAAAUUGACAGCAAAAUGAACACCCACCGGAAGGCGCUAGCGGAAUCCUACGCAGAGCAAACCGUGGAAUGCUUCGACCAGCGCUAUGAAACGAGUAUAGAUCGGAAGAAACCACAGGUCCGUGGGCACAAACGCUACAAGGACUUUGUGCAGUACGCCAAACCGCUGCUCAAUCCAUCGCUGCAAGGCCAGCCCUCCCAAAACGACAAUGACGAUGAUGAUGGCGAUUUGGUGAUGGAGGCCGACGUGGGCAAUAUGGUCGACCCGAUCUCGAAGCGCCCGCUGGAGGUGCCGGUGCGCAACAAGCAGUGCAAUCACGUGUACGAAAAGAGCGUCAUCGAGAAUCUGUUGAAACAGAACCCGCGUACCCGCUGCCCGGUGAUGGGCUGCGCAGCGCAAGGAUACGUUCAGCAGCAUUUGCUAGAGGUUGACGUUAGAUUGCAGCAGCAGCUCAUUCAAACCCGGUCGGUGUUUACCUGAAAUCGUGUUCUGCGUGAGUCGAGUUUUAGUGCCGACGAGUGCGUUUGUUACACUGGUGCACCGUAGACCUCCAAUAUGGACAAAUUCUCUCAGAUUUUCGUUUAACUGUCUUGUUCUCAUAUUUCUGUUGCUAGCUAAGUGAUACUGACAGCUUACCAUAGCGUCGGAAAGCUCAAUAAAAUAGGCUUAAUAAUUUUAAAAUUCCUUCAAAUGAAU